AUGCAGCAGUCUAUAGUGUUCUUUUAUCAUUUUUUCUUUCUUUUUUCUUUCUUUUCCAUUCUUUCUUUCUUUUUUUCUUUCUUUUUCAUGCAGAAGUUUACACUGUUCUUUUCUUUCAUUUCCUUUCCUUUCUUUCUUUCUUUCUUUCUUUCUUUCUUUCUUUCUUUCUUUCUUUCUUUCUUUCUUUCUUAUCCAGAACUUGAUCUUUUCUUUAAUUUUCUUUCUUUCCCUUCUUUUCGUUCUUCCUUUCUUAUGCAGAAGUCUAUAGUUUUCUUUAUCAUUUUUCUUUCUUUUUCCUUUCUUUCUUUUUCCUUUCUUUCUUUCUUUCUUUCUUUCUUUCUUUCUUAUCCAGAACUUAAUCCUUUCUUUCAUUUUCUUUCUUUCCCUUCUCUUCGUUAUUUCUUUCUUAUGCAGCAGUCUAUAGUUUUCUUUAUCAUUUUUCUUUCUUUUUCCUUUCUUUUACAUUCUUUCUUUCUUUCUUUCUUUCUUUCUUUCUUUCUUUCUUUCUUAUCCAGAACUUAA